CUCCGUCGCAUAUAAAUUAACUGCAGUCGGGAUAGUUUUCCAUCAUUGGUGACAGAUAUAUAAUGGAUCGAGUUCUCAUUGUGGGCGCUGGCGCUGCUGGACUCCUCAUCGCGCAGGUUCUCAAGCGAGAAAACAUCCCCUGCACCAUCUUCGAACAAGACCCUUCCUUCCGACCGCGCGACUGGAAUUACGGUGUUUACUGGGCACAGUCUGGCCUGUCCGAAUGUCUUCCCCCUGAAUUGCUCGAUCAGCUCGAGAAUUGCCAGGUAGACAAUCACACUCCAGCUGCGACGGAUAUCUUGCCCGGCUUCAAUGGCAAGACUGGGGAGAAACUGGUUGAUGUCCCGGCGCCGUACAGUUUGCGUCUCAAGCGGCGCAAGUUCCUGCAGCUCAUCUCCACUGGGUUGGACAUUGAGCGCGGAAAACGUCUGGCCAAAGUCGAAUCAAAUAACGACAUCGUCACCGCAUUCUUCGAAGAUGGCUCCCAAGCCACCGGUAAACUACUGAUCGGGGCUGAAGGCGCCCAUUCGCGAGUUCGGGAGUAUCUCAUGGGUCCUGAAAAGGCAGCUCUCAAGCCAUCCCCUGUCGUCUCGUCGAUCGCGACCCCUAGACUUCCCGUUGAUGUGGCUAAUGCCGUGCGCAAAUUGCAUCCCCGGUACUGCGCCGUGUUCCACCCAGACGGUUACUUUUGCUGGGUCGGAAUUCAUAAUGAAACCGAAGACCCUGCUGAAUCCGAGUUUCUGCUGCUGAUGUCGUGGAUCUCGGAGAAUGAUACCGGACUGUCUGGGGAGGCUAUCCUGCAUGACCUCAAGGAGAAGGCCAGUCACUUCGCUGAGCCGUUCCGAUCUGUCUUCGAGACCCUUGCCCCCGGUACCAAGGUAUGGCACAGUCGCCUAUCGUACUGGGAGACUCAGCCAUGGGAUAAUCACAAUGGUACUCUCACCUUGGUCGGUGAUGCAGCUCAUCCUAUGACUUUCCACCGCGGCCAAGGGUUGAACAACGCCAUCCUCGAUGCCGCCUCCCUCAGCCGUGGGAUCACCAAACUCCAAGACAAGUCCCCCGGUGCCCUCCGACUGGCACUCGAGGCCUAUGAAGAAGAAGUCCUGGUCAGAGGACGGGAGGUCGUCGAGUCGUCCAACUUGAACAGUGUCUCCAUUCAUAACUGGGAAGAUCUGCAAAGCUCGCCUCUGUUCAAGAUGGGUUUGAAAAAAGAUGCCACGGCAUAAGCACGCGAACACCCCUGCUUUUCUUUUGUUUCAACGCGCAAUACCCAUCUAGUAUCGUUUCCAUUCAAUUAUGUAAAUAAGAAAGAAGUACAUAGCCAAUUAUUCCCAGAAUGUCACAAAAUUGCCAUUAUUCUC